AACUCUUCAUCUCGCGGCUGUCUGACUUCCUCCCAGCACAUUCCUGCACUGUGCCGCGUUCACACUGCCCCACAGACCCAGUCCUCCAAGCCUGCUGCCAGCCCCCUGCAAACUCCUCAGGUUGGCCUUGCCAUAGUGCCAGCAGGCAGCCUUGGGCUAGGGGUAGGGGACUCCCUACAGGCACGCAGCCCUGAGACCUCAGAGUGCCACCCUUUGAGGGUGGCCAGGUCCCCAGUGGCCAAUCUGAGUGCUGCCUCUGCCACCAGCCCUGCUGGCCCCUGGUUCCACUGGCCCCCCAGAUGCCUGGCUGAGACACCAGUGGCCUCAGCAGCCCACACCUCUUCCCAGCCCCUGAAGUUGGCACUGCAGCAGACAGCUCCCUGGGCACCAGGCAGCUAACAGACACAGCCGCCAGCCCGAACAGCAGCGGCAUGGGCAGCGCCAGCCCGGGUCUGAGCAGCGUGUCCCCUAGCCACCUCCUGCUGCCCCCCGACACAGUGUCGCGGACAGGCUUGGAGAAGGUGGCAGCGGGGGCAGUGGGUCUCGAGAGACGGGACUGGAGUCCCAGUCCACCCGCCACGCCCGAGCAGGGCCUGUCCGCCUUCUACCUCUCCUACUUUGACAUGCUGUACUCCGAGGACAGCAGCUGGGCAGCCAAGGCGCCUGGGGCCAGCAGUCGGGAGGAGCCGCCUGAGGAGCCUGAGCAGUGCCCGGUCAUUGACAGCCAAGCCCCAGGGGGCAGCCUGGACUUGGUGCCCGGCGGGCUGACCUUGGAGGAGCACUCACUGGAGCAGGUGCAGUCCAUGGUAGUGGGCGAAGUGCUCAAGGACAUCGAGACGGCCUGCAAGCUGCUCAACAUCACCGCAGGUCUUGGCUCAGAUGGCACCAUCCGCAUGAGGCCUUCCCUGACCCCUCCAUUAAAAUUGCUGCCCAUGAGCACAGGACAUGAUCCCGUGGACUGGAGUCCCGGCAAUGUGCAGAAGUGGCUCCUGUGGACAGAGCACCAAUACCGGCUGCCCCCCGUGGGCAAGGCGUUCCAGGAGCUGGCUGGCAAGGAGCUGUGCGCCAUGUCGGAGGAGCAGUUCCGCCAGCGCUCGCCCCUGGGCGGGGAUGUGCUGCACGCCCACCUGGACAUCUGGAAGUCAGCGGCCUGGAUGAAAGAGCGGACUUCACCUGGGGCGAUUCACUACUGCGCCUCGACCAGUGAGGAAAGCUGGACCGACAGCGAGGUGGACUCGUCAUGCUCCGGGCAGCCCAUCCACCUGUGGCAGUUCCUCAAGGAGCUGCUACUCAAGCCCCACAGCUAUGGCCGCUUCAUUAGGUGGCUCAACAAGGAGAAGGGCAUCUUCAAAAUUGAGGACUCAGCCCAGGUGGCCCGGCUGUGGGGCAUCCGCAAGAACCGUCCCGCCAUGAACUAUGACAAGCUAAGCCGCUCCAUCCGCCAGUAUUACAAGAAGGGCAUCAUCCGGAAGCCAGACAUCUCCCAGCGCCUCGUCUACCAGUUCGUGCACCCCAUCUGAGUGCCUGGCCCAGGGCCUGAAACCCGCCCUCAGGGGCCUCCCUCCUGCCUGCCCUGCCUCAGCCAGGCCCUGAGCUGGGGGGAAACGGGCAGCCUGCUCUGCUGCUCUGACCUUCCAGAGCCCAAGGUCAGGGAGGGGCGGCUGCUGCUCUCAGGGGGAUAUGGGCCCUCUGGGGCCUUCGGGACCCCAGGGCAGGGGUGCUUCCUCCUCAGGCCCAGCUGCUUCCCUGGAGGACAGAGGGAGCCAGGGCUGCUCCCCAACAAAGGACCCCUCCACCUGCCUCUGACCCCAGCAUUUCCAGAGCAGAGCCUACAGAAGGGCAGUGACUCGACCAAGGCCACAGGCAGUCCAGGGCUCUCUCUGCUCCAUCCCCCUGCCUCCCAAUCCGCACCACACCUGGCACGGUGCAGGGAGACAUCUGCACCCCUGAGUUGGGGAGCCAGGAGUGCCCCCAGGAAUGGAUAAUAAAGAUACUAGAGAACUGA